UAUAAACUAUGAGCGAAUUACAGCAUGUUGCUUACAAAAUAGGGUAUACGGUGUUUAAUUUUGAACGCAAGAUAAUUUGAUUGCCACUCAGUCACGUGUUUGUCUUUCGUGGGGGGCGGGGGAGGGGGUGUCAGAGACGAGCACAUUCUGAACAACACCCGGUCGGUUAGCGUUCUCUUGGAAGAGGUGCACUCCGCAGCUAGCCGUUUGUGUCGAUCGUAUUGUUUAAAUAGCUCACUGGACGACGAUAUUAUGGACGGUAGAGGCUACGGUUCUGGCUACUCCAGUUGGGGAGGUGGAGGCUCAGGGAGUAGAGGUUCUGGUGGCUUUGAUCUGUAUGGGGGAGGUUAUAAGGACUCGAUGUCUGGGCUUGGGGGCUAUGGAGGAGGAGGCCAUAUGAAGCGAGGGCUGUCGGCAGGAUCUUUGAUCUCGUCAUCCACAGGCACACAUGCAGAUGCAGUCAUUGCCAAGAUUAACCAGCGCCUGGACAUGCUCACUCAACUGGAAGGAGGGUUAAAAGGACCUCGGGGUGACAGGUUUGACCAGUAUGAGUCAUUCGACUCGCGCACCUCCGGUCUCUCCUCCUCCCGAGAUCUCUACAGAUCUGGCGGCAGUAGCUAUGGUUUUGGGGAUGGCCGUGGGGACAGCAUGUUGAGUCAGCGAGGAGGCUCUGGCUUCGGAGGGGGAAUGGGGCUAGGGGGUGGAGGGGGAGGCUUUGACAGCCCCUCCUCUUCCUACGGAGUCGCAAAAAUGCGACAGAAUAUGAGGGAGUCCUUCACCAGUGCCCAGGGAGGAGGUUCUGGAGGUGGAGGAUGGGCUGGAGCAGGCCGACGUUCCCCCAGAAGGGGUGGAAGUACUGGCGGUCGAGGAGCUGGAGGAGGGUUUGGAAGCCGCAGGUCUGACCCCACUCCAUUGGGUGGAGGCUUGCGGGGAAGUGGUGGUGGUGGUCAGUCCCACCGCGGCUACUCUCCUGGAGGUGGUAGAGGCAAGCUCCCAUCCCUCCUGUCCAACCGCAUGUACCCUGAGAGCGGAGGUUUCCAGGGUUCUACUCCAGGGCCUCACGACUUUCCUGGAAGGCAUUUUGGAGGGGGGCCACGGGCUGGCCGGCAGCGAGGCCGCAAGAGACCCCUCAACAAACAGGUGAAGCCACAACGAGAGGUUCAGAAAAAAAGAAAGCAAACUCUGACUGCAGCCGAUGAGCCAGAGUCGAAGAUAAAUAAGACAGAGUGUGAGGAAUCAGAAGCUGUCAGAGAAGAACCAGAGGAAAAUGGUGGCGACAGUAAAACGGAGACUGUCACUGAGGAUACAAAACCAGCUGAAGAUGGAGAUAAAGCUGCAUCCAAACAGGAGGAGAAGAAGAAGCCCCCAGGCCAAGGUCAGGAAAAGCAUCCAAAAAUGAGAAGGAAAAGAGGAUUUCUGGACCGAGUCAUGUUUGCAUGUUCCGUCUGCAAGUUCCGUUCAUUCUACAAAGAGGAAAUGGAAGCGCAUCUUGAAAGUCGCUUCCACAAGGACCACUUUAAGUUCCUUUCCAGCCAGUUGUUCAAGCCCACCACAGACUUCUUACAGGAGUACUUGAAAAACAAGUUUAAGAAGACAGAAGAGAGGGUCAGCCAGUUGGAAAACCACAGUGCUGCCAUCUGCCAGAUGUACAGAGAGCAGGAUCUUACCCGGGAACUUGGCAUGGAGCACUUCAUGAGGAAGGUGGAAGCAGCUCACUGUGCAGCAUGUGACCUCUUUAUUCCCAUGCAGCCCCACUUGAUUCAGAAACACAUCAAGUCGCCCGACCAUAACUACAACCGGAAGGGUAUGAUGGAGCAGUCUAAGCGGGGCAGUCUGUCUGUUGCUCGCAGCAUUCUUAACCACAAACUCAUUGGCAAGAAGCUGGAGAGCUACCUUAAGGGUGAAAACCCAUUUGUUGGUAACCAGGAAGACCAAGAUGCCGAGGACUCCAUGGCGAUGGAUGUGUCAGAGUUGGAGUUGGCUGCUGUGAAAGCUGACACCCAGACAGAGACGGCAGCAGUGCAAGAGGACCCUGUGCCUGAGGGAGAGAAUGGCAAUGAAGUAGUUGAAGGGGAAGAAACGACCACAGCAGCACCGGAGGUGGAGGAAAAGAUGGAGGAGGAGCUGCUCGGGAACCAGGAGGAAGAGGAAGGUUUCGAAGUUGGAGAGGAGGAAGAUGAGGGAUAUGUUGUUCAUGAUGAGCUUGGCGAAGAGGCAACACAAGGUGAACAGGAAGAGGAGGAGGGAGCUCAUGAUGUGGAGGGAGCUGAGGAUCACGAAUGACUUUUUAUACCUUCUGUGUAAUUUGCCUAAUAUCUUUCUGGACCAGGUGGUGACCCCCAUGCCCGGUCUAUUAAAAUCCUAUUUGAUCUAGAGCAUAAAGAAGUGUACAUACUUCUGCUAUCAUUUUUCCACUGUCUCAGUCCAAGCUUGUCACUUUAAUGUUUUGCUAAAGAAAUAGUUUCACAUUUUGGAUACCAUUAUUCACUAUAUUGUUGGGAUUACGAUAGAAAAAACAAACUUUUAAGAAGAAAAAAAACAUCAGACGUUAGACCAUGUAACCUGUUUUGUGCAUGAUUUCCCUGCCAAGUCUCUUUAGAAAUAUUUGUAGACUUUUUGGGGACAUUAUAGGCAGUCUGGCAAGUAUUGUUUCCUUUUCCAGUCUUAAUUAAAAAAUUAUUACCUGUCUGUGUGCUCACCAUUGUUAAUGAGAGACAGUUGAAUUGCAUCUUUGGGAAGAAAGCAAUUCUGUGUAUUGCUGAAAAUGUCAAACUACCAUGUUUGUGAGUGUGUGUGUGUGUGUGCCUUUUGUGAAAUGUUUUAAGUUUAAGAAAUAAGCACUGUAAUGAGUAGUGCGUUUUCAAGAUUUUACAAGAUGUCCUAGCAUUUAGUUGGACUGUGAUGAAGAAUGGAAGAUUUUUCAAACUGAUAUUUAGUCUUGCUGUUAAAAAUGACUGUCUUGGAAAAUUGUCAAAUAUUCUGAUUAUCUUUCAGAAUACAAAUUAGUGUAACAGGUUUAAGAAAAUAAACUUUAAUAAAGCA